AUGGCGCCUCUCGUUCCGCGCCUGCUUUGCGUCGCCCUCUUCGCGGCGGCCGGGAACGCCGCCGGGCAGAGAUCCAAGUGCAAAAAGCGCGAUAUGGCAGGUUCGCUAAAAGACUGCAAGACUAUUGUUCUUGACUUCGACAAGCUCAGCAAACCAGAGGUGUACAAAAUCGUGGCGCUCGUCGGCUCUGAGAGCAACCUCCGGUUUCUGUCGCUUCGUGACAACGGAUUCGACGAGGCGGACGCGCUAGCCCUGGCCGAGGCCCUCAAGCACAACCGCAAUCUGUACUCGCUGCGCUACCGAGAGAACCCGCUUGGGGCGGCGGUGGUUGGCGCCAUCGCCUCGCAUCCGGCGCUCACGGACCUGGACGUGCGCGGAACGAAAAUCGGAGACGAGGGCGCGGCGAGCCUUGCGCAACUGCUCUCGAGCAGUGCGGUGCUGACAGGUCUGCAGCUGCGUUCCGCCUCCAUCGGCGAGAGCGGCGCCGUCGCGCUCGCGCGCUCGCUCACGCACCACCCGGCGCUCGCGCUCCUCGACCUCGGCAACAACGCGGUGGGGGACGCGGGCGCGGUGGCGCUGGCGGAGGCGCUGCAAACGAACCGAGUCCUCGAGAAGCUCGAGAUUCAGAGUCCCUCCGUGACGAGCAGCGGGUGGAAGGCGCUCGACGACGCGAUGGACAUCAACGCCGUUGUGUCGGUCAUCGGCUACCGAGGCGGAGGCCGGAAGCUGGAGCUGUGA